AUGUCCCCUCCUCCAGCCUUUGUGACUUUGCUGAACGGGGACCAGGCUCAGGAUGCCAUCCGCUCCCUCCACCACAGCACUGUACGAGGACGUUUGAUCAACGUCACCCUGCAGCCCACCGACUCCCUGCUGUGCCUCACCAACCUGCCCCACACCUUCACCGCACAGCAGUUCGAGGAGCUGGUGCGCGCCUUCGGAAACAUCGAGCGCUCCUUCUUGGUGUACAGUGACCUUAGUGGCCACUCCAAGGGAUACGGGUUUGUCGAAUACAUGAAGAAGGACUCUGCUUCCCGGGCUCGCUCUGAGCUGCUGGGUCGGCCUAUGGGGGAUCGCAGCUUGAUGGUACAAUGGAUGGAUGUCAACCAACUGAGCCAAGAGGAGAACUUGCACUCAAGGUGUCUGUGUGUGGACCGACUACCGCUGGACCUGUGUGACUCUGAGGAACUGAACCAGCUCUUCUCUGAAACCUACAAACCUGUCUUCUGCCAGCUUGCUCAGGAUGAGGGCAGUCCAGUUCGCGGGUUCGGCGUGGUGGAAUAUGAGAGCGCAGAGCAGGCCGAGGCUGUGCUGAUAGAGAUGGACCGAACACUGGUGGGAGGACAGGAGGUCCGUCUGUCACUGUGCACCCCCGGCACCUCAGGGAGAAGCACCUUGGCUGCUCUCAUUGCUGCCCAGGGUAUGAUCCUGAGUAAUAGGAAAGGUUUGCUACCAGAACCAAAUCUGGCUCAGCUGCUGACCAGUAUGACCAACCCAGCGGCCCUGCAGAUCCUUAUGAGACCGCACCACGGUGGGAAAAGAGGAGGAAAGUUUGGCCGACACGCACACCUGCCGUUCUUAAGACCCCCUCUCACGGCAGCUCUGCUCACUCUGGGAAAAGCCCACCAGAACGCGAUGGUUGGGAAUGGACUGGUCCUGCAGAACCUGCUGCACAUGCAGCUGGCGCAGCAGCAGCUUCUGCACAUCAAAGACAAACGCCUCAGCAGCGUUUCCAGUCUGCUCGGGGACCCGUCCAGACUGCUGAUGCAGAAAGCUUUGUCUCUGCGGCCUCCAGGUCUCCUGCCGCUGGGGAAAGGCCUCCUUGGAGACUCCCCAACAGAGUUGGGUCAGGAGUCACUGGCACCUUCCACCCACAAUUCAACAGCAGUGGUAUCAGCGGCAGGUGUGAUGCCAUACCUCCAGGGCCGAGCUGGAGGAGGGCUAGAUCAAAACAUAACCCAGUCUGUGUCCACAACUGCUCCUGCAUCCUCCUCCUCCUCCUCCGCCUCCAACCCGUCUACCAGGCAGCCGGCUCCUCCUGGGACGAUGAUGAAUGCCCAGGCACAGGGGAAGAGCUAUGCCUUGGGUAUAAGUAACUCAGGGCUCGGCCCACCUCUGCCUAAACCCCCCGGAGGAGUUUAUGCAUCAGCAGGCCAUCAGAACAGCUCAGAAGGUAGCAGCCUGACUAAUAUGUCAAACAGCGGUCAAAGUUCUUUGCUGGGAGAUCCUCCUAAAGAAGUCAGACUGCCCUCUAACCCAUAUCUAAACCUGGCCAGUGUAAUGCCAGGAGUUGUUUUGCAAGCUUACCCAUUUGAACCCCGCACCCUGUAUCUUCUGCAUGCUUCUUUCCAUCCCUGCUCACGAUCAGUGGGGAGCAAACCCCAGGGAGGGCAGCCCCCCUCUGGGGCGUAUGGCAGUGCGGUUAAUCCCAUGGCCUCCCAGGCGUCCACCUCGACAGUGACAACACCUGUUCCAUACAGCUCCGACGCCUCCGCCGACUACAGCCAGUACAACCAAGCCUACACGCAGGAGGCCAUGCAGCAGUGGUACCAGCACUACCAGACAGCACAGGCUCACACCUACACCCCAGCCGCUCCACAGGACACCACCGCGUCAGACUACAGCAAGGAACACACACAGACUCCUGCAGUGACAUCCUAUGGUGAUUAUGGUUCCUACAUGCAGGCUGUCACUCAGUACUACUCACAGCCGGCCACAGCCAGCCAAGCCUACGGCAGCAAGGAUUUAGAUGUGUGUAAGCCUCUGGGAGUUCCUCUGCACGCCGUCAGUAACGGUGCAGGUCCCCCCCCGGCGGUCCUGCCGGCCGCCGCCGUGCUCCCGGCCUACGGCGCCCUCCCUUUAAUGCCCGGCUUCCUGGGGGCGCCGCAUCCUGCCGCCGCCCCACCAAACCCCGUCACGCACGCACACACCGCAGCCCCCGACUGGAGCGCAUACUACUAUAACCAGACGCGGGGCAUUAAAAGGGAGUAUCCUCAGCUGGCGGUGCAGGAAGUGCCACCGGCAGAGGGUACCUACAUCGGGCAGCACUCCCAGGGCCUGGGGGGGCAGUAUGCCGACUACUUUAAGAGGAAGAGGCUGUGAAUGAACAGAACCACCGUAACGCCUACAGCUUAGGGAGGCAGGCACAAACUGCUGCUCGUCACGGCUCCCUCUCGUGGCCUUCCUGUGGCUGCCAUUUUGCAUCCCAGUAGUAGUUACGGAGGUCUUUAGAAUUAGGGUUGCAAAUGGCUCAAGUGAAAGCAAGCCAUAGUGCUUUUUCAUUUUUGGCACUCAUGUACACAUACAACUACACAGUGUUGCUUUUGUCCUGUUGAAGCCUUAACUAUAUAACUUAAACAGUUGUUUUUUCAGUGUGUUGAAUGUAUUUUACUUAUAUUACCUUGUACUUUUUUUUUUUUUUAAUAUGCUGUAAGCUGAAAUAUAUUGUGUCUGUAUGUAUACGCUGCUUUUGUAUCUGCAGGCAGGUGAGCUGUCUGUUUUGCUGGAGCUGUGUUAGGACUUCUCAUACAGGCAGGUCUCUCCUUCUCACCUCCUCUUUAGAAGACUAAAAGCGUCUGAUGUCGCACACUCAUGCUUUGAUUCUUCAGUCAGACUGACAUCUGUGUACUCGCGCUUCACUGCCUUUUAUUACCCAGAUUCCUCUUUAAAUCUCCCCACAGAGAGUUAUUGUUUGGGUGUUUUGUGUGUGUGUGUGUGUGUGUGUGUGUGUGUGUGUGUGUGUGUGUGCGCGCCUGAGUGUGUGUCGCUAUGCUGUAUCUGUAGGAAGUGUCAGCCAUUUUAAUCCCAAGGUUUGGGAAAACAUCAGGAAAAAAAGGGCGUGAAUCAAUCAAAGCCCUUUAUUGUAACAAAUUACAAUAGCUUCCCUCUACAGAUGGACCUUUCUGCUAAAGACUGAGAAAAGAGUGUAAAAAAAAAGGCUGUGUAAAUACUGCAGUGUGUUAUAGAAUAUUUAUGAAGCCAUGCGUAACAGACAAUAGCAUUUAAUAGAUUGGCUGUUUCCAAGUUCAUUUGUGAGUGUGUUGUACAACACAAAUGGAUCGAAAUCUUAAAUGUCACUUUGUUUUUGUUUUGUUUUUUUGAUCAAUCUACUCUAUACUCUUAUAUAUUUGUAAAAUAAUAAUAUUCCAAGGCAAUUCAAGUAAUGUGUUAAUAUUGGGUCAUAUUAUAAGGACUUAAGUAUUUUUUUUGUUUCUUAAAAUGGACCCAAAUAACUGGGCAUAGCCCCGUUCCUUUUUCUUUUGUUGUAGGACAUUUGAAUCUUUUUUUCAGGAGGCUUUGUUGAGAGCUGUAACGGGAGCGUUACCUGCACACAUGUUCCAUAAAAGGCUUGACUCCAGGAGUGUGAGUGCACUGCAGAAAUAAGGACGUUAUUUAAUCAUUUCUUGUUUUGUUUUUUUCUUAUUUUAUUUUCUAUUCUAAUAAGGUAGUGCAAAUAUUAACUGUAACUCUACGGAAUGACACCACGAAGGCAGAGUGAAGUGGAGUCUGAAGCAGCAUGUCAUUUAUUUAUUUAUUUAUUUAUUUUGACAUUUAUGUUGUUUUCUGAACCACUCGUGCAGCAAAUGUUGAUUUCACAUUUUAAUGGGGGGGAAGAACUUAAAUGUCAUUGUUGAUUUUUGAAGAGAUUUCUUAAAUAUAUUAUUUGAAAAAAAUAGAGAUUAGUUUUUUUUUUCCCAUUGUUCACAACCUAUUUCUACAACUGCAUUUACUUAGAUUAGCGCAUAGUCAGUGUGCAGUUUGAUUUGUGCUCAUCACACAGGAGAGCGUUUGUUAUUUUCACGUUACUGUUGGGACUUUAAUAUUCAUGUGCACAAACCUAUUGUAAACAGGCAAUAACUAAGGCUCCUACUGCUGUAGAAAGAUGAAUGUACAAGUUGAUUAUUUUGUAUCUUAAAUGUUUUUAGCCAUAAUAUACUGAUACUGGCUCAUACGCACAGUGGAAGCUUUCUCUUUCUUUGGUUCAUUUUUGUGUUCUUGCAUUCUGCUCAUAAUUACAAAUAUGUAUAUCUCAGAGCAAAAUAUUAUUUGCAUCGCCAUAGCAACCACAUUGCACACUGUGAAAACCAAUAGCAUGGUGGGAUAGAUGUCUUGUCUACUUGCAGGUAUAGUAAUGGGAAGGAUGGGGGAUACCAGUGGGGCAAUAAACACACACACACACACAUAUUCCACCAACAAUUUGCUUACUCUAAUGGCUCGUGGUUUGAUUUCAUUGCAACUUGUGUCACGGUGUUUGAACUUACUGUUCAAUGUUAGAACUAUGACACAUUUUCAGAUAAACAUCUGCAAAGUGUUAAAAAGCAAAAAAGUGAAGACGAGGUUUAAUAUACACUUAAAAAAUGUAGUCAGGAAGCAUUUGAGUUGACUCAUUACAACCUAAAAUCUGUGGACCAUAACAUUUUUCAGGCGUAUGUAUGUAUGUAUGUAUGUAUGUAUGUAUGUAUGUAUGUAUGUAUGU